GAUACAUUAGCGAUUUGGAAUCAAGACUGAAAGGAAGUGAGGAACAAGUUGAAAAAUUCAGUAAAACUAUUGAAAGACUCGAAAAAAGGUUGGAAGAACGCGAAGCAGCAUACAUGGAAUUAGAAGAAAGAACGAAGAUUUCUCUAGAGGAAAAUCAAAAAUUAUUGGCCCAUGAAAUUCAAGAUAGAGAUCGAAGAAUCAUGAAACUUGAAAAGAAAGCUGAUGAUUUAGUACGCGAAUUGGAACUGCUAAGAAGACUUAGAUCUCAUGAAAAUGAGUUUCCUGAUUGUGGUCGGUCACUUUCUCCUACUUCUUUAGAAGAUUAUAUUAAAAAACCAGAACAAAUCAUUGUGGCCACAUUGGAAUCCAAAUUAUUGAAUUUACAAGAAACUCAUUCAAAAACAGUUACAGAGUAUUCAGAAAUUAAAUCAAAAUAUGAGGAAUGUCUGUAUGAAAUUCAUGAACUUCAACAGCAGCUAACGGAAGUAAAACUUCGUCAAACUGACAUCUUUGAUUCUGAUUCUAAAUCUUCCACUCCUUCAACUCCGACAUCACCUACAACACCAAUAACAUCAAAAUCUCGGUUUCACAACUUAAAACGUAAUAUUAAUUCAGAUCGAAUGUCUUUACCUCCAAUUUUAAAUUCAAUCGAACCCAGUAAUAAAGGUACUGCAUCUCCAAAACACGCUAACCAUCGUAGGGCUAAAUCUUUAACUGAAGAAAUUAAAGAUAAAGAGAAACGCGAUCAAACUCACGCUGAAAUAGUACAAAAAUUACAGCGCGAAUUAAAACAGCUUGAAUUACUUCAUCGAGACAAAUCACAAGGAUUAGAUGCUGUUAAACAAGAAUUCGCAAGGUUACAUUGUACUCAUCGCGAAGCUUUGGAGAUAGUUGAAGAAUUAAAAGAAGAAAUCAAAAGGCGCGAUGUUAUAGUACAGUCUGAUGAUAUAUCCGUUAUCGCUAGUGAAUAUACUGAUGGUGUUUGUAGUGCAGCAACUAGUGAAUUAGAUGAGCAUGAAAUUAGAGAAGUUGAACACAACGAUAAAAACCUUGAAAUUCAACUUAACGAAGCAAAAGAGUCUAUUUCCAUGAUUGCAGAUCCAACACAGAAAACUAUUGAUAUGCUCGAGGCAAAUCUUUUAGCUUUACAACAAGAAUUAUCUAGUAAAUCUGACUUAAUUGAGAAUUUAACCAGCGAAACAGAAUUAGUUGUAGAGUUACGAUCACGGCUUGAGACGCUAAAAUUAGACAUUAAUAGUAAACAUGAGCUCAUUGAAGCGAUGAAGAAAGAUUUAUCCGAUAAAAGUAUUAUACAACAAAAGCUCUUGGAAAAGGAAGCCGAAGCUACUGCUUUGAGACUCCAGCUUUCUGAAAUCAUGAAACGAGAAGAAGAAAUACAAACACAAAUAAAAGAACUUCACGAAACUGCACAAGUCCAAGAACAAGCACUCAUAGAAUUGAAUCUUUUAAAAAAAGAUUUUGGUGCGAAAAAUGAACUUAUAACUACUCUUGAAGGGGAACUUCAAGAAACCACUCAAGUCAAAGAACAAACACUCACGGAAUUAAAUCUUUUAAAAAAAGAUUUUGGCGCACAAAAGGAACUUGUAAUCACUCUAGAAGGAGAACUAAAGCAAGUGAGAGAGGAGUUAACUAAAUCUAAGCAAGACAAUCAAGAAGUUGCCAAGAAACUUGAAGAUUUAUCUAAACUACUAAGUGACACCUUGAAACAACGAGAUGAAGGAGAGAAUAGAAUUCAAGUUUUGGAAAUUCAACUUCAGGAAUUGUCCGCAUCAAACGAAGCUAACGAACAAGAGGCUUCUAUUCUUCGAGAAGAAUUAUUCAAUGCCAAACAUAAAAUGAACGCACAGAAUCAUCUUUUAGCAGAAUUAGGAACUCAAAUGAUGGCAGCAGAACAGGAACGUGACCAAUACUUUAAACGUGAAAAGGAAUUAAUCAUGGAGCUUGAGGCCAAAGAAACUGAACAAAAGGCGGCUAUUGCUACACUUGAAUCAAUUAUCUCCUCAUUGCAAGAAGAGCUUUUUGAAGCAAAAAAUUCAUCCCAGAUGGAUUUAGACACGAUAGCUAAACUUAGAGAUAGCCUUGCUACUGUAGAAUCACAGUUAAUCGAGGCAAAAAAGCAAGAUGAGAGUCGUUCAAAAGUUGUAAUUGGACUUGAAGUCAAGUUGAAAGAAACUAAUGCCGCUAUAUUAGAAAAGGAACAAUUGCUUUCCACUAAAGAUGCUCUUCUCAGAGAAUUAGAAGCUUCAACAGAGAAAGCCAAAAUUCAGCUUGAUAAUGCAAGAAUUUCAGAAGCCAUCGAAUGUGAACGUGUUAAUGAGCUUGAAGUUAAACUUUAUGGUAUUCAAACCAAACUCCGUGAAUGUGUAUCAUCUGAGCUUGUUAUGGAAUUAGAAGUUAAAGUAGUAAAUCCUGAUGGUGACUUAUCAACUAAAGCAGAAUAUGUCGAAUUGAAAGCUUCCUUAGUUAAAGUUAAAGCUGAACUUGAAGAAGCUAGGGCAGCAGCAGCAGAGCAAACCAAUCUCAUUAAGACUUUGGAACUUCAAAUUCAAGAGGCUGAAAAACGUCAUGAUGAAGCAAGUUCUAAAGUUAAAGAUGCUGCAGAAGAAAUUAAUAAGCUUAAAGAAAAAUGUAUAAAUUUACAAGCUGAACUUGACGAUGCAUACAAAGAUGCUUUAAUCCAUGGUUUCCAAAAAGUUGAUAUUUCCAUAGUCGAAGAUCUUAAUAAACAACUUAAGAAGGCACGUAAUGAAUCUAAAACAUAUCAGGAACGUGUUGAUAAAUUAGAAGAGAUGAAUCAAAAACUUGAAUCUGAUAAGAAAGGACAAGAAAAAGCCAACGAAGAACUUAUAAAACAGAUUGAAAGACUUCAAAAGGAACUAGAAUCUUUAGCUGGAGAUUUUGCUGAUUCUACAAUGAAAUAUGGAGAUACCGGAGAACUUUUGCAAAAGCAAAAGAAACAAAUUGAUGGACUAGAUAGUUCUCUCAUAGAAAUAAAGAAUUUGAGAGAGGUUUAUUCUUCACCAACAAGCGAGGCUUCGUUAAGAGAUACAAUUACAAGUCCUGCCCUCUCAAAAUUAUCUUCUACAAAUGAAAUUUUACGACAAACAAAUGAGAAUCUAAAUGCUAAAAUUCUCCAAGCUCAAUCUCGUAUGUCUGUUUUAACGCAGAAAAUAAAAUCACUUGAAAGUGAACUCAAAACACUUCAAUAUGUUAGUAAAGAUGAUGUUUCCGGAAAUUCCAUUUUGAGAUUUAAAGAAAAAAUACAAGAACUUGAAGCUGAAAAAGAAGGAUUAGAACAAGCUAACUUGGCAUUCUGUGAAGAACGAAAAAAACUUGACCAAAAAAUUGAUUCUUUACUACAACAAUUGCAAUCGGUGGGUGAAGGUGGAAAUGAGGCAGCUACACAACUUUCAGAGUUAAAUGUAAAGAUUUCUGAAUUAGAAAAUGAAGUUUCUUGUUUGAAACAAAAAUCUGUAGAAGAGCAUCAGGGAAUGGAAAAGGAAAUCACACGAUUGACUGAAGUUAACCAGAGGCUUGAAAAAGAAAUGACUCAAGUUGGACUUAAAUCGUUAAAAGGACCUUUAGGAAAUAUUUCACCACAUAUUGGUGCACGUUCUCAAAGUUUAGAUAAUUCUAUACAUUCUAAACUCUUAAGACAAGAAAGUACUAUUAUUCAACAAACUAGUUUAAUUAAAGCAUUACAAGAAAAAAUAAUUGAAUUAGAAUCACGUAGUGAUGAAGACUCAUUGCAUGAAAUAUCACUUGCUAGUGGAAUGUUUGCUACGGAUCUUGAUGCAGUUGGUGGAUUCCGACUUUCCACUAUGUCAGUAAUGUCAAAUGCCUCAGACGCGGCUAGGAAAAAACGACCAGGACACCCCCAACUUCAGGUUCAAGGUCGUCAACUCCUGGACCUUUCUAAUACACCAGCAGUAGAACUUACAGUGGAAAUACAUAAAUUACAUAGAAAGGUUGCAAAAAUGGAAGGGGAAAGCAUCGAACAUCGACAACUUGUUGAAACGUUGGAAAAUUCAUUAUCAGAAAACGAGACGAAUCUUCGUGUUGCAAAACAACAAUUACAAAUAUUACAACGUGAAAAAAUGGAUUUAGUGGAUCAGAUUAAACGACUGAGAUCACAAUUAGAUGAAACUACAGCACAAUAUGAAAAUGCAAAGUCAUCUGUGCAAGAAGAAAAGAAAGUUAUAGAAAUUGUUUUGGAAGAAGAAAGAAAGGCUAAAGAGAAGGCGGAGAUAGCAAGAAGACAACUAGAAAAUCGUAUGGAAGAGCUUAUGGCAAAGAAAAGCAAGUUCAUGUGUUUCUAA